AUGGCCUCCCCUAGCGUUCUCACCUUCGACGCUGAGGGUCGCGCAGUGGACUUUGAGGUCUGGGUAGAUGAUCUGCAGCUUUUCCUGCACUACGAUAGGGCAGACGGCCUCUCGCUGUUUAACCUCACUUCUGGUGCCUCCCCUGCCCCUGCUGCUGAUGCUGACGCCACUGUUCGCUCACAGUGGGCCACGCGCGAUGCUGCUGCUCGCCUUGCUGUGCGCCACCACUUACCGACCACUGAGCGUGCACACUUUAGCCCGUACAAGAGUGCUCAGACCUUGUACGACGCUGUAGUUGCACGCUACUCUUCCCUUGCCACUGCUGCACUGAGCCGCCUCAUGCUACCAUACCUCUUCCCUGACCUUGCUGCCUUUCCCAUAGUCGCUGACCUCAUUACGCACCUUCGCACUAGUGACAUUCGCUACCGCGCUGCACUUCCUGCUGAUCAGAUCCUUGCAGUGAUGCUAGCCAAGGAGAGAGAGAGAGAGAGAGAGAGAGAGAGAGAGAGAGAGAGAGAGAGAGAGAGAGAGAGAGAGAGAGAGAGAGAUCGAGAGAGAGAGAAAGUGUGUGUGUGUGAGAGAGAGAGAGAGAGAGAGAGAGAGAGAGAGAGAGAGAGAGAGAGUAUGAGCACUUUGAAAUCGCAUGCCUAG